GGUUGGGUAUUGUUGACAGGUGCGGCCGGCCGGCGCGAUCGCUGCCUCGCUUCACUCGCUCUCUCCGUGUUGAAGACAUCGGAUCUCGCAGCUUUGGAGGGAAGGCGUGAUCCGGAUCAACAAUCCUAAGUGUUGAGUGGAAGGGAAUCUGAUGCUUGCUGUCAGCCCCCCACCCUCCCCAGAGCUGAGCCCUGUGCUCCGACGCGAGUUGGAUUGAAUGUUUCUGAAACUAUGUAAAAGGGAGUCUGGAUUAGAGCGAGUUCCCGGCGGAGUUCGUGUGUUUGUGCAAACAGGCGGAUAUUGGCGCUGACUCCCCGGGACAAGGGCUGGCGGCGUCGGAGUGGGACUCGGAUCCGAUGGGAAUUUGAAAGCGAAUCGCCAGGAUUGGGGGGGAAAUUAUGGCGUUUACGUUCGCUGUCUUCUGUUACAUGCUUUCGCUGGUGCUGUGCUCGUCGCUUCUCUGCUUCGCCAUCUGGAACAUAAUUGCAUUUGAUGAACUGCGAACAGAUCUCAGGAGUCCUGUAGACCAGUGCAACCCACUCCACGCACGAGAGAGGUUGAGAAAUAUCGAGCGGAUCUGCUACUUACUGAGAAGGCUGGUGCUCCCAGAAUAUUCUAUUCACGGCUUGUUCUGUAUCAUGUUCCUGUGCGCACAAGAAUGGCUGACAUUGGGUCUCAAUAUACCCCUGCUCUUCUACAAUCUUUGGAGGUACUGCCACAGCCCUGCGGACAGUAAUGAGUUGAUGUACGAUCCAGCAACGGUGAUGAAUGAUGAGACUCUCAAUUACUGCCAGAAAGAAGCCUGGUGCAAGGCGUCCUUCUACCUGAUGUCCUUUUUCUACUACCUUUACUGUAUGAUUGACACGCUGGUCAGCAUCUAACCAGGAGGACACAGUGGCAGCGACUGAAUCAAACUCAGAAGGAGGCAGAGACAGAAAGACUGGCACAUCGCAGAUACUGCAUUCAAUCCUUGCCAUUUCCACACAAAACCUCGGAGCAACCAGUUUGAAUAAGACCUUUGUUUCUGCCUUGAUUACAAGGGCAGGGAUCAGAAUCAACCUUUUCCCCCAAUCUCUCUUACACCAAACCAUGGGGCAGAGAUCAGAAUCAACCCUUCACCCUCAUCUCUUGUUCACCAAGCCGUGAAGCCGAGUCAAAAAUGGCCCCCUAACCCAUUCUGUAAAACCAAGGUGCUUUCAGCGUAUUGUAAAAGCGUUGAUUCUUUCAUUCAUCUAUUGAUUCACAGAAGCAGUCUUGCCCGUCAGACCCUUCACUGAAGGAGAUAUCCACCCCGAUCCCUUUCAUUGAGGGAGAUGUCCACUGAAACCAGUUUCAAUGUGGGAAAUCGACUGGGACUCCUUUCACUGAGGGAGAUACCCAAAGGGACGUCUUUCACUAUGGGAAAUAUCGAUUCAGACCCCUUUUACUAAGAUAUCCACUGUGAAAAACAAACUGCUGGAGGAACUUAAUGGGUCAGGCAGCAUCUGUGGAGGGAAAUGGACAUUUGACAUUUUUGGUUCAAGUUCACUGAAAGAGUGGAGAAGUGAUAGCUGGUAUAUAUGGGUGAAGAGAGUGGAGCAAGAACUGGCAAGCGAUAGAUGGAUCCUGAUAAGGAAGAGUGCAUUGGUGGAUGUAGUCAAGUGAGAAGAGAAGGUUGGUGAAAACAACAGAGACUGGGACAUGGUUGGUGAAGAUAACCAUGGGCUGCAGGUGAUGAAUCUUGAUGUGACCAAAUGAGGGAGGUGGAGUGGGGCUAAUGUGCAGAUGGAGUCGGUGGGGUGUUAUUGGAAAUGAAUAUGUAUAGGAAUGUUUUAGGUAGAGAGGGACUGAGGAGAUCAGACUACCUGAAAUUAUAGAAUUUGAUGUUGCUUCCAUAUCCAGUGGGACCCCUUUCACUGAGAUAUAUAUUCAAUGGGAUCCAUUUCACUGAGGGAGAAAAUCACCCAAAUCUCUUUCAGUGACGGAGAUAUCCCUUCAGAUUUAAUGGGUCUGUUCUUUCCUCAAACUAGUUGGAUUUACAAGAACAUUGUAACCAUAACAGUACUUUGAAAGCAUUCCACACUGUACUGAACCUUUUACAUUCACAUUUAGAUCAUAUUCAAUUCUGUGUGGAACCAAGCAUUUUAGUAUUGAUUUAGAAAGUAGAAGCUCAUGCCUGUGAGUGAAUGUGGGGAUAUUCCAAAUAAUGUUUGAUGUAAUUUGGGUGCCUACCUUUGGGCCCACACCACAUCAACAUCUUUAAGAGACAAAUUCACUGUUGAUGGUUGUGUCUUACGGAGCCUACAUGAAAUAAUCAUGUCUUUAAUAUUUCUUGUACAGGAAACUUGUAAUAUAUUGUGACAAUAAAUAUUGCAUACAGGA